CUGGACCAUCAUUCUCUCCCCCCCUCACACGGUGUUCACGGUAAGAGCAGGAGAGAACCAGCUCUAGGAUGAUUGCUGUGCUGCUGUUGGUGUUCGGACUGACCCCUGCCUACAUAUUUCAUGUCAGUGCUGACCUCCCUGCGUACCCGAACUUUGACCCCCAAAAGACGGUCGGGAAGUGGCACCCCAUCGGGAUGGCUACCAAGUCACCUGAGUUGACUGAGUAUGAGCAGAGAAUAUCACCGAUGGACCACACGGUGGUGGUUUCAGAUGGAGAUAUGAAACUCACCGCUUAUUAUAUGUCGGAUGGUGUCUGCAAAGAAUCAAUUCUUACAUUAAAACACACGGAGCAACCUGGUAUAUUCGAAGUUCCCGAUGGUGAAGUUCAUAUCAUAGAUGUUGAUUAUGAAAAGUAUGUCAUUUUUCAAUUGAAGAAGCCUGCUCAUGAGGCCCUGCUUCUGUCUGCUAGGGGAUCGGAAGUGGGAGAUGACAUCAAAGAAAAAUUCAAGAAAUUAGUCUUGGAGGAAAAAUAUCCUGAGGCACACAUCAAAUACUUCAACGUCGAACAAUGCACUCCAAAAGCUGCUUAAUAGCCAGAUAUGGCAUUUCUCCAUAUAUAUUCACACCAUUGGUUAAUAAUCAGAAACACCCAAUAAUCAUUACUUGUUUUGAAUGGUGGAGACGAUGAUGACUACAGAUCAAUGCCUCUGUCCACUCACCACAUUUCUGGCUUGAAGAAAUUGAUGCAAUUAGAACAACAACGUCUUUCGG